AUGAACAGAGAGCUGAAAGCAAUUCAAGAGUGUGGACAGAAAAGGGUGAUGUGUAGAAACGUGAAUAUCUAUCUCACGCCUCGAGAGAAGAGACUCCAUAGAAGUGAAGUGGAAUUCCUUCAGCGCAAAUUUGCGCAAGAGUCAGAUGCAAAAUCCGAAGAAAUAAAAGAGAAGGCUCGCCUCCUCCGAUCGACAUCGUCUUCCGAAUCAUCCUUCGAAUACGACAUAUCUGCCUUGCUCAACGACCUCCAGGAAUCAACAGAGCGCGAACGCGAUCUCCAGAACCAACUUCAACUCGUAGAAGAGGAGAGUGACGUCAUACGAAAGAAUCUAAAUGAAGUGGAGCAGGAGAAGGAGGCCCUGGAGUUCGAACUGGAGCGGUUUAAGAUGCGUUUCGGGACCCUGGAGGAGCCGAAGAGGGCGGCAGACAGUGGUAAAGGUGUGGCUUCGGAGAAGGAGGCUGAGUUAAGACUCCAGUUGAUGCUUGCCGAGCAGGAGGCUACAGUGAUGAGGAGGAAACUCGUGGAGCUUGAAGCAAAGAACGAGGAGCUGGAAGGAGCUUUGGCUAGACUGUCUGAACGGCUCCCAGACGAUGACGACAUAGCGCCACUACCUCAGCGUCAAGGUCCAGUAGGCGAGGAAGCUGGGCCUAAAUCCACCUCCCAUUCCGAGAGCAGUAGCAAUGCUGAGAUUGAGGCUCUUCGACGUCAUGUAGAGGAGCUGAUGCAGGAGAACGAUGGUCUCAGAACUAAGGUCGAGAUGCUGGAUGAAGUCGAUGCCGAAUACCGUAUCAAUCCUGAUGAGCACAUACGAGGAGAACCAGAACUUAGAACAAAGCUUCAUCAAGCUGAGAGAGCUAUCACAACAUUGAAGAAACGAUUGGUUGAAAGUGAGUAUGAGGGUAGGACCUUCCAGAUGGAGGCUGAAUCCCUGCGGAAGCUUGCUCACAUAGCUGGUGCUGAGGGUGGUGGAGGACACGCCAAACACAGGGGAAAAUCACUGGAAACCAAACUCAGGGCACAGGUAUCACUACUCAACACUGAAGCAGACGCGAUGAGACGGCAGAUCGUCACCUUGGAAAUACAGAACGAACAACUCCAGGAUGAACUCGAGAAGCAGAUGCAAACUCCCGUCGCAGUUGCGACCUCUUCAAGUUCUGACAGUGACCGGGAACGAUUAGAGGCCUUACAGCAGAAGAUCGCACAGCUUGAAGAGGAACUAGGUGCGUAUUAUGCGCGAGAAACUGCGGGGGUGGAUGCGAUGUCCCCACGGGUUCAACGCAAACCUCCACUAGGGGGUAAUAGUAAGGGUCCGGGUGUAGAGGUUCCUGUGUCGCCCGUUGCCCCUCAACCAGAAGGGAAGAUAGUUCAAGGGAUUGGGGAUAAAGGGAAGGAUAGUACGAAAGCUCCUGUUUCUCCCGUCUCGCCUCGUUCAGAAAGUAAACCUUUCCUCGUUGCGGGUGGCACUUCCAAGGUAGUUGAGAAUCCUAAAAUCCCAAUCUCUCCCCGCAACGAUGGAAAGCCAAACUUUAGUAUAGCAGGCAAGAUGAAAGGUUCAGAAGCUACUCUCUCGUUGAAGAUUGAACCAUUGGGUGUCCCCAAAUGUGACAAUCCUGUGUCUCAGAGGGAAAGAAAACCAUUGGUUCGGACAGAUACCCCCUUUUCAGGUGACCUUCCAGAAGACCCUUUAAAAUCAAAAUUCUCGAACAAGUUACCAUCAAAUAAAAAAGGGCUUUCGAAUAUAAAGGAAGGAAAGACUUUCGGAACUCCAAAAUCACCUAUUGUCGAAAAAGGUGCGCAAAAUGGGAAAUCCCUGAUUGAAGCCGAAGAUUCGAAUAAUAACUCUAAUGCAAUACAUUCUAAUUCUGCUGGGCCUCCAAACCGUAAGAACAAUCAAACAGCCCAGUACGGGCACGGCAAAAAGGAGUUCGCUUGUACUUUCCUUCCGAAAAAAAAUGAAAAGGUGCCAUUUAAAAUGAAAGGUAAUGCUUCUAAUUCAAGUAAGUCUGCUUCUGAUCUUGAAAAUAAAAAAGAAUCGGUGUCGUCUGACAAAUUUGAUAAUACAAAAAAGGAUCAAGAUAAAGUAACUUCUGAGAAACAAACUGGUAUGGAUCCUUCAUCAAAGACUGGGAUAAAGGGUUCAGAUGAUAGAGGCAGUGAGUCUGAAUCUGAUGAACCAUAUGUGUCGGUGUCGGCAAGACGAAACAUGUGGAAGGGCUUAGUUCAAAAGCACAAGAUACAAACUGGGAUCAAACCGGGAAUGGGGCCUGGUAAAACCAAACCUCAGAUACAAUUACCACCAAAGGUAUGUGAAGAAAAGGGCAAUGGUCAAGACACGACUAAGCAGACAGGUCCAUCUUCUCCACAUUCAACGCUGAAUGUACCCGCUAAUCCAACUACCCCAUCGGGAAAAGGAGAUAACAAGGUUUCGGAAAACACCAUAUCUCCUUCCAGUCCUGGCCAAAAUCCAUUCGGACAAAAUCCAUUAGGGCUAAAACCAAAGAAAUCCAAUGCUCAAAGAUUAUGGUAGGAAUAAAAGUGUGUAAGUCAUAGAUAGAAUUGGUUUGGAUAAUAGUUUUCAAAUGCUGAUGUUGCUUCUAGUUGUUUCGAUGAUUUUGUCACACCAUUUGGUGAGUGAGAAUUUGCGAGUUUAAAGGAUUUUAAUUACUAAUGAUAUUUGACCUUUGCAAGCCUUCACCCACCCUAGAUGUGAGGUGUCCUCUCGUCCGUUCCUUUUUUUCAUUCUCACGACUAAAAUAAAAUUUCAAACUUUAUGCAUGUAGGAGUGACGUAAUCAGAUGGGAUUUCAAGAUAUCAUGCAAAGAUAAAUCUGGAAUGGUUGGCUCUCCCAUAUCAUAAAGAACGCUUUGAAUAAUCAACUUCAAACUUGGUCCAUGUUUGAAUUUCGGGAAUUGAAAUCUUGAAUAGAUUUUGAAGAAUAAUGCACUCUUUGUCAGAUCUGACAUUGGAGGCACUGGUGCAUGCAGUCGGGAACUACAUAAUUUUUUUUCUUUCUUUCUUGCCGUUUAUUAUGUUUCGCUUAGACAAUGACUGUAAAUAAUUAUGGAAAGCCCCAGUACACAUGUUGCUAGACAAAAAAAGUUAUCAUUCUUUUCUGCAAUACACCAUAGAAGCAAAGAUUUCGUCAUCAUCUUUUCGUCUGUUUUAACGUUUAUACUUUUUUCUUCUUUUAGCUCUGAAAUAGUAAUUCAUUAACCAAGUUUGUUGUUAUAGAUCGUUCUAUUGUUUUCACUUUUAUUUCACUGACAAUCUUUCUCUGUAAUUGGUGGUCAAUUUUUGUCUCGCCUGCGUAGCAGAGCGAGACUAUAGGCGCCAAUUUUCCAACGGCGUCGGCGUCGUCAACAUUGAAAUCUUAACCAAGGUUAAGUUUUUGAAAUGUCAUCAUAAAUUAGAAAGUAGAUGGACCUAGCUCACGAAACUUGAAACCUGCCUGAGUUCCAGGUUACAUGACCAAGGUCAAAGGUCAUUUAGGGUCAAUGAACUUAGACCAUGUUUGGGAGAUCAAUAUCGAAAUCUUAACCAAGGUUUAGUUUUUGAAAUGUCGUCAUAACUUAGAAAGUAUAUGGACCUAGUUCAUGAAACUUAGACAUAAGGGUAAUGGUGUAUCACUGAAGAUCCUGCCCGAGUUUCAGAUCACGUGACCGAGGUCAAGGUCACUUGGGGUCAACGAACUCUGACCAUGUUGGGGGUAUUUGUGAUAUUGUCAUCAUAACUUUAAAAUUUUAUGGAUCUAGUUAAUGAAAGUUGGACAUAAGGGCAACCAAGUAUCCCUGAACAUCGUGUGCGAGUUCCAGGUCACAUGACUCAGGUCAAAGGUCAUUUAAAUAUGAAUGUUUUCAUUUUUUGAAUAAUUAUUCAGUAGCUGUUUGCCUGUUUUCAAAGUCAGCACUGCUGCUAUAUCGAAUCGCGUAAUACAGGCGAGACUGCCAGAGGCGUUCCACUUGUUACUAUUUUUAGUUGCUUAACUUUGUGUAUGGAUACAGAAGAAUUUUAAGUAUAUGACUUAAACAUUGACUCCUGCUCUAUUUUAAUUGUAUUUGUGAAUUUCUUCUUUUUAUUCUUACUAAUAAUCAAUAUUGCGAUAAACCUCACCACAAUAACACUUAAUUUAUAAGGUUGACAUUCUGAUAUUCACGUGUGCUUUAUGCUAAAUUUCCAUUGGUUGACUUUUAACUUCAAUUUAAAAGAUCGAACUGGUAUGGAUCUAUAUGUUCUAAUUAAUACUUUUUCAUUGAAUGUAUAAAUCCAUUGUUUCUACAAAUGCCUAUAUACGUUUUGUUCAUGUACAUGUAGGUUUCUGCGUAUUAUUGCAAGUAAUCUAAUUAACUGCGUAACAUUUACUGUCACUGAAAUUAAUACUGAUCUGUGCUUGAUUUUAAUUUAGAUUUGUUAUCAAAAUAUUUUUAUUACGAUAUUCAUGCAUUCAUGCUAAAUAUAACUACUAAUCCAUUUUCUCAGUAUUCUAGAAUUAAUUUCUACUUAAGUCAGUCCAUGGAAAUUAUGCAAUAAGCACCAAAAUCUUAUUUUUUCAAAUAUAGAAACAUUGUCUUUAAUGAUACUAUCUGGAUAAAAAUACAAUUUUACCGCACAGAAUUAGGAGGAAAAUUUGACUAUGUCAUGUUUUACCACAAAAACACAUUGUAUGGUAAUGAGCUUGACUCUUGAACAUGAUCAAAAUAUUGACAGUAGUCUGGUUUCUUUGUAAACAUUCAAAUAUAGGAAUCUCCUACCAGGUCAGGCUAACUUGAUCUUGGGUUCUGACUCACUAUUCUUAUUUUCAACGAGAAUGAACUCUUUAUGGCCUGGACUAACAUAACUUAUUUGCAAUAUUGAAAAAAAAAUCUUUAGUAACCAAGCCCCUGAUGUGAAGUAUAUGUAUAAUCCAAAUGUUAUAGAUGUGUGCAUUUCAGAAUAAGAAAGACACCUUUGAAUCAAUCUUAUUUCAGGAAAAAGUUCACGUGAUAUGCCUUCAGAGGAAAUUCUCUGAUAAUUUUUCAGUAUGUAUUUAUAUACCUUCAGUUCUAUUUUAUUUGAAUUAUGAUGCAGUUUCUGAAAAUUGUUAUUAUACAAUAUAUUUUACUUUAUUAUGCGCUUAUGCCUUCAUUGUUCAAUAAGCUUUGUUUUAUUCGAUUACAGACAUUGCUUUGUACAUCAGUUAUUCGAUAUGAUUACUCCAUAAUAAACCUUUUGGUUUGAAUUCGGUUUGCAAACUUUUUGAUGUAGAUUACUAAAAUCAGAUUUUGCAAUUUGUCUCAUAUGAAGAAUUUGAGAGAUUAGGUAAUUUUCUUAUUGCAGUGCAAUUUUAUAGUUUAAACAUGUGUGCCUCUAUCUAAGCAAUGUGCGAGAAAUAUAGUUCCACAUGGAUAUUUCUAUUUCAUAUUUGAAUAUUUUGUUUUGAAUUAGUUUGGACAAGAUGUUUUCUGUUGCUCGACAUAAUCUAUGUUCACGCAAGUCUUUGUAUUAUGAUAGGCACAAGUGCUUACGUAAAUAUUGUUUUUCAGAAGUUUUAUCUUAUUUAUCAAAUUUAUGCAAUACGUCAUGCAAUAUCAAUCUACAAACGUGCUUGUAAGUAAUAAAUAUAAGUAUCUAAUUUAACACUA